UUUUUGUGGACACCAGUGAUGGGCAAUACAUAAUCGCCGGUUCAGACGACGGAUCCUUUUUUGUGUGGAAUAAAGAGACGACAAAUAUUUUGCGUGUAAUGAGAGGCGACGACUCUAUAGUGAAUUGUCUUCAGCCCCAUCCGAGUUCGUGUUUAUUGGCCACCAGUGGUAUCGAUCAAGUGGUCAGACUCUGGAGUCCGCGACCAGAGAAUGGUCUAAAGGAUGAUCGAGAAGUGGAGAAUUCAGAGGACGCAGCGAUGGCUAACCAGAAACGUAUGAAUACAGAUCCGUUGGAACUGAUGUUAGCCAAUAUGGGAUACCGAGUGCCCAAUCUCUUUGAAUCCGAAGACUCAGAUACAGAUCAAAUGGGUCUUCAAUGCAGAACCAAUUGAUUGCAGAUUUUGCGCAACAAAUGCAUUGCAAAUAUUCUGUAGUUUUUGGUUCAAUAUAUCUGUAAUUU